GUGUGUUUGGCUGAGCUGCCUCGUAUUGUUGAUCCCGAUUGACUUCGAGAGACCCUGACAUUGGAAAAUUAGAAGGAUAUACCUCCGGACAGACCAUAAGAAAAGGUGACACACUGUGACCAGGCUACCUGUGUUGUCUGAGCUCUUAGAUUGGACCAAGACCAUGACCCAGCCUCGGCCGGACGAGUUCAAGCCGCCUCAGGAGUGCCCAGUCUUCGAACCAAGCUGGGAGGAAUUUGCCGAUCCUUUUGCUUAUAUAAAUAAGAUCCGUCCAAUUGCGGAAAAAACGGGUAUUUGUAAGGUCCGCCCGCCUCCGGACUGGCAGCCUCCAUUUGCAUGUGAUGUUGACAGACUGCACUUCACUCCUCGGAUACAGAGGCUAAAUGAACUGGAGGCACAGACCAGAGUUAAGCUUAACUUCUUGGACCAGAUUGCAAAGUUCUGGGAGUUGCAGGGGUGUUCUCUGAAGAUUCCUCAUGUGGAAAGGAAGAUAUUGGACCUGUAUCAACUCAACAAGAAUGUUGCAGAUGAGGGCGGAUUUGAUAUUGUGUGUCGCGAUAGACGUUGGACGGCGAUUGCGCUUAAGAUGGGCUUUGCUCCUGGCAAGGCUGUUGGCUCUCACUUACGGUCACACUAUGAGAGACUUCUCUACCCCUACAACCUCUUCCAGAGCGGAGCCAACCUCCUGGCACCAGAGCUUGCGUCCAAGCUGAUGCGUUUAGUGUCUGCUCCUGAACUUGACACGUUUGUCCACGAGCCAACCCUGCCAGUUGAUACGAGUGACAAGGAGUGUAAACCCCCUGACCUGACCGAGAGGCAGCACUUUGUUGAGCCAACCGAGUCCUGUUGCAACAGCGCCCACAGAGCAAAGCGGAUGAGAGCUGAGUCAGGUUGUGUGAAGACAGAACCAGGAACUGAACCCUGUGAAAACAACAGACCAAAUCUGAGGAGGAGGAUGGGCUCUUUUGUUGCCAAGCCCGAGCCAGACAUUCCCAUUCUAGUGAAACAAGAACCCAUCGAGCCGGUGAGCGAGGCAGACACAAACAAGUCUCGAUAUAAGAAAAAAACAAGUAUUGAUGCCCCACCUCCUGCAGUGAGUGUAGUGGACCUGUAUAUGUGUCUGGUGUGUGGCAGCGGGAGUGACGAGGAUCGUCUUCUGUUGUGUGAUGGCUGUGACGACAGUUACCACACCUUCUGUCUCUUACCCCCUCUACACGACAUCCCCAAAGGAGACUGGAGGUGCCCCAAGUGCCUGGCUCAAGAGUGCAGCAAACCUCAGGAGGCAUUUGGCUUUGAGCAGGCAUACAGGGACUACUCUUUGCGGGCUUUUGGAGAAAUGGCAGACUCCUUCAAAUCUGAUUACUUCAACAUGCCAGUUCAUAUGGUUCCCACAGAGUUGGUGGAAAAAGAGUUCUGGCGCUUGGUGAGCACCAUCGAAGAGGACGUCACAGUGGAGUACGGAGCAGAUAUAGCCUCCAAGGAGUUUGGGAGCGGAUUCCCUAUCAAGAAUGGAAGAUUUAAGGUUUCAGAAAAGGAUGAGAAGUACCUGAAGUGUGGCUGGAACCUGAACAACAUGGCGAUGAUGGACCCGUCAGUGUUGACUCAUGUCACAGCAGACAUCUGUGGGAUGACUCUACCUUGGCUCUAUGUUGGCAUGUGCUUCUCCUCCUUCUGCUGGCACAUCGAGGACCACUGGAGCUACUCCAUCAACUACCUGCACUGGGGGGAGCCGAAGACAUGGUAUGGAGCACCUGGCUUCGCUGCGGAACAGCUGGAGGCUGUGAUGAAGAAACUAGCUCCAGAGCUGUUUCAGAUUCAGCCAGAUCUCCUCCACCAGCUGGUCACCAUCAUGAACCCCAACACCCUCAUGUCCUACGGGGUUCCGAUUUACAGAACCAAUCAGUGUGCUGGUGAGUUUGUCAUCACUUUCCCCAGAGCCUAUCACAGUGGUUUCAACCAAGGUUUUAACUUCGCUGAGGCUGUCAACUUCUGCACUGUGGACUGGAUGGCAUUAGGCCGCCAAUGCGUUGACCACUACAGACUGCUGCAUCGGUACUGUGUUUUCUCCCACGACGAGAUGAUCUGCAAGAUGGCCUCCAAGGCCAACAGUCUGGAUGUGGUCCUGGCGUCGGCUGUCCAGAAGGAUAUGAAAGAUAUGAUCAGAGAGGAACAGGACCUACGAGAUAAAGUCCGCAAGAUGGGGGUGUUGCAUUGUGAGCAGGCGGAAUACGAUCUCCUGCAGGAUGAUGAGCGGCAGUGUGCCAAAUGUAGGACCACCUGUUUCCUGUCUGCCAUCACCUGCCCCUGCAGCCCCGGCCAGCUGGUCUGUCUCCACCACAUCCAGGACCUCUGCUCCUGCCCCCUCACCAACUACACACUGAAUUAUAGAUUUACACUGGAUGAUCUGUACCCCAUGAUGAACGUGGUGAAGCAGCGAGCUGAGUCCUACGACGAGUGGGCAUCCCGCGUGACGGAGACUCUGGAGGCUAAGUUGGACAAGAAAAAAAGCUUGUCAGCCUUCCGCUCCCUCAUUAACGAAUCAGAGUCCAAGAUGUUCCCUGACAAUGACCUCUUGCGUCAGCUCCGUUUAGUCACACAGGAUGCAGAGAAGUGCUUCUCAGUGGCCCAGCAGCUACUCAACGGCAAAAGGCAGACUAGGUAUCGGUGUGGUGGGGGGAAGACCCAGAGCCAGCUGACCGUGCAGGAGCUGAGGUCAUUUGUCAGGCAGCUUUACAACAUCCCUUGCAGCCUUCCUCAAGCCCCCAAAUUAAAGGAUCUCUUGAAUUGCAUCGAAGACUUCCAGCAGCACAGUGAGAAAGUUCUGAUGGAUGAGGCCACCGGCACAGCGGUGAUCCAGAGUCUUCUAGACGUUAGCUUUGACUUUGAUGUGGAGCUGCCUGAACUUCCAAUACUACGGGAGAGGCUGGAGCAAGCCCGUUGGCUGGAGGGUGUGCAACAGACCGGCGCCCAGCCCUCCACCCUCACCCUGGAGACCAUGCGGAGGCUGAUAGACCAGGGCGUAGGCCUGACUCCUCACCCCUCCGUGGAGAAGGCCAUGGCUCAUCUGCAGGAGCUGCUCACGGUGUCUGAACAUUGGGAGGAAAAGACCAGCAUCCUCCUCAAAGCCAGGCCCCCCCCAUCUAUAGAAGUCCUCUCUGAAGCAGCUGAGAAGGUGGUGGGUAUACCUGCUUACCUCCCCAACUGUAUGAUGCUGAAGGACUCCAUCAGUAGGGCCAGGGAGUGGCUUCAGGAAGCAGAGGCAUUUCAGGAUGGAGAGUCCAUUCCAUUAUUUGACAAGCUCUCUGAUAUGGUUCUACGAGGACAAGCCAUCCCAGUCCAGCUGGACCCUCUAAAGCAUCUGGAGUUUCUGGUAGCAGAGCUGCAGGCCUGGAAAGAGUCUGCAGCUAAAACUUUCCUCAUGAAAAACUCUCACUUCACUCUGCUUGAGGUUCUGUGUCCAAGAUUUGAGGUUGGAGCAGGGUCUCCGAAAAGGAAGUCGAAAAAACCUAAAGACUGCAGUAAGAAGAAGAUGGUGAAGCUAGACUGUCUCAGUGAUGUGGAAAAAGCCCUCUUAGAGACCAAGGACACUACCUCAGCUCUGGCAACUCUCGGGGAAGUGCGGUUACGGGAGAUGUGGGCCCUCUCCUCCCUCCGGGCAGCUAACGAGUCCAAGCUCCUCCCCACGGCAGACUGCAUGGACCUGAAGGUGUGUGUGUGUCAGAAUCCCCCCAUGGGAGCCAUGUUACAGUGUGAGCUCUGCCGGGACGCCUUCCACAGCGUGUGUGUGAGGGCUCCCUCAGACUCCCGUUCAACCCAGGCCUGGCUGUGUCCAGACUGCCGACGCUCGGAGAAGCCCCCCCUGGACAAGGUCCUGCCCUUGCUGGCGUCGCUGCAGCGUAUCCAGGUGCGUCUGCCGGAAGGCGAUGCGCUUCACUAUUUGGUUGAGAGAACAGUCAGCUGGCAACAGCGUGCGCGACAGGUCUCUGCCUCCUGUGGCCUUCCAGACCUGGAGGAGAGCUUUAGAACUUCACCAUCUCCGGUUGGAAAGCCACCAUGUUUGACUCCAGAGUGGAACAGGACAAGUCAUGAUCAGAUGGUGUUCUACACUGAGCAACGAUGCAUUCCUCUGCAGGGUCUGAGUGUGGAGCUGGAGGAGCUGAUGGUGGAAGGGCUCCUGCUGCAGGUGUCUCUGCCAGAGAUCACACAGCUCUAUCACGUGUUACUGAACGGGCUGGGAACGCAUCACACCCACGGACGCACGUCACAGCAAGAGGACGACCCCUCGGACUGUGACAAACGCAAGCAGUGCAACUCUCAGGGAAGAAGCUCUCCACAAAAAGAGGAUGGCCUGAAAAAGGAAGUAGUUAACGGAGCAGAGAAGAAGGCCAAGCGACGCCUGGAGAGGGAGGCUCUGGAGAUAGAGCGCAGGGACAAGGCCAAGAAGCUCCAAAACAAGAGACAGAAAAUGAACAAGGAUAAGAACCUGGAACGCAGGGCAGCCUCCACCUCCUCAUCUCCUCGUUCCGACUUCUCCCAGUCAGACGACUCUGAAGAGGAGAUGGCCAUGUGUCCAGCAGAGGGAUGCCAGCAGCCAGAAGGAGAUGAGGUGGACUGGGUCCAGUGUGACGGCAGCUGUAACCAGUGGUUCCACCAGGUCUGUGUGGGUGUGACAGCCGAGUUGGCUGAGAAAGAGGACUAUGUGUGUGUCAGCUGUACAAUAAGCGAUGGCCGCUGAGGAUUUGAGGAGAGAAUGGAUGGAGUUUUGGAAGGAAAGCUGGAAGUCUGACGGUUUUCGGCCUACUCCGUUAGCAACUCGGCCACACAAGUCAGGAUGUCACAGACCUAGCUCUCCUUGUCCUCAUCCCCUUUGUGACAACGGUGCUAUCUCCUUCUCUUUAUUGGGUUGUUGUCCAGAACUAUACUGUUUGUUACUUUUUUGUAUUUUUUACAUAUUUUUCUUUCCUCCUUUGAACUGUUUGUGGUUGUGACAUGAUGUGGAGUCAGUGUGCUGCAUGGGUUUCCAUAUAAUGGGUGGUGCAAAGGAGUCAAACAAUAAGGCACUCUGUGAAGAUCCAAGGGUAUAUUACAGUAUAUUGAACUUCCUUGCAUGCAAAACCAGAGACAGAUGGUGUUGGUUAAGGUCCCAUCCUUCCCCAUAAUAAAUCAUGUGAUAGAGAGAACUGUAUUUUCUGGGAAACCCAAUACUUAGUACUUCUAUCAUACUUCUGACUUA